CCCUGUCACAGUUCAGGCUCUUUCUCAGUUGCUCUCUGUGUCUCUUUGGGGCUUAGAGUGGUCUGCCCUUUAAGCCCCUUGGAUUUCUGUGGGGUGGGGCUUUCAUGAUUUUCUUCCCAGUAGCCCAGUGAAGCUGUCACUCACCCUAGUGUGUCUUGUAGUUUAGUUAAAACUAAUGCUCUCUUACUCUAGGUUUGAGCCCAGCAUCAAUCUUUCUACCUGAAUACCCAUAAUCUUGAUCUCUACUGUUCAAGAAAGGAGCUCAGGCUUUUAGAACCUGGUAAGGUGGGCAUGGCGGAAAAACUGGGACUUGUGGCAGAUGAGCCCAAUGCCUUGAAUAUUCUGUCUCUCCUGGAACGUGUGGCUGGGAUCAUUGACAAUGUGCAGGCAUGCCAGCAGCGCAUGGAACAGAGACAGCUGGAGGUGGAGAACAAUGUGAAAACCAUCCAAGAAGAUGUAGUAAAACUGACCAAGGAGCACACCACUACCAGUGGUACUGUGGACAAGCUACUGGAGAAAACACGAAAAGUUAGCUGUCACAUUAAGGAUGUGCGGGUCCGUAUAGAAAAGCAAAAUAUACGUGUCAAGAAGGUAGAGGAAACACAGGCUGAGCUGCUAAACAAAAACAAGUUCCGUGUUGUAAUAUACCAGGGUGAUUCUGAGGUUCCAGCUGUAUCAGGCCCAAAGGACACAUCAAAAGGAGCAGCAGGUGGUGAGGGAUCUGCUGAUCCAGAUGUACCCGAGACCUUAAUUCCUGACUCAGAUGAAGAAUACAUGGUUGUGGAAGAGGCUGACUCUACAGCAGCCAAAAUGAAGAAGACUGGCCUGAAGCGUAUUGAGAGCUUGAAGAAUACGUUUUCCCGUGAGAACAUGACCAAGACCAAGGAGAAUCUGGGAAGCAAAGUUAAUAAGCUGGGUGAGCGCAUUGUGACAGCUGAGCGUCGUGAGAAGAUUCGCAUGUCAGGUGAACAACUGAAACGAUCUGGAGAGCGCCUCAAGGAAACCAUAACCAAAAAUGUCCCAGCAAAGUUGAAUCUGAAGAAGGAGAGAACUGUGGCUGAGGGUCAGGAGGGGGCAGAGGGUACAACAGAGAGCGUCGUACCUAUUCCACCACCCAAGGGACGUAAACCCAAUCUAGAUGCAACUUACUCUGAGCCCACACGAAAGCAGGAAGGCGGAGAAGUGGGCAAAGCAGAAGAGUCAAAAGUGCCAACGUUUGAAAUGAAGGAGCUUUCAUAAGCAGCAAGUCAGUGGAAUAAAAAGGAAUGUUUGCAGGUUUGGUCAUGUUUGAAAAAUGUACAAUUCCUGAUCAGAAGGCUGAUGAAAGACUUGUACAUGGUAUCCUGAAGGAAUGAAUAAGGGAAGUCACUUAGCAUAAACUUUAUGAAUGAAUUUAGCUAUUUUUACACUUAGACUUGGACAUAUUCCAAUAAUAACAUAUUUUAAUAAUAAUGUAUGUUUAAUGAUUAAGCUAAAAAGAAAAACCAGAUGUAAUUACCACACUGGGGGUGUUGGAUUAUUCUUAACCUGCUGUAGUGUUAAAAUGUUUUAGAUCUUGCAUGCAACAGUUUGUGUUCACUGUAUUGUACUUAUGUGCAUUGUACUUAUCUUUUACUAAUCUUGAUAAUCUCACCAAGCCAUUUGAAAUAAACAACGUCAACUCAAUCAGGUGGUUUCUAA